UUAAUUGUAUAUUGUUGUAAAAACAUUUUCUCUGCUGAUAAUAAGAAGAUACAAAGAUCCACCUAUACUUUUAUUAUGGAUUACACAUGAACAAAAGUGCUUGUAAUAGAUACUGUGAAUUAAUUUGGCCUAAUUAAAACUGGUUGGCCUUCUUCCCUGAGUAGUAGAUUUUUAAAUUCAAAUUUCUUUAAGGAAAAUAUAUGAAUUAACUACAAUUUCUACUGCAGGUUGCAAACCACACAUCACUUUACCAUUCCUAUUCCACACAUAGCUCAUCAAUGACUUGUGUGUGCUUGCUUUCCCUUGCAGGUCUUCUCAAACCGGGGCUGUUGUUUUGAGACUGCCUCUCAGUUCAUUCUCAAUGUUCAGCUUUGAUCUGUAUUUGGUUUUGAUGGCAGCAACAGCAGAAAAAGCCUAUUCACACAAGUAGGAUGUUGCAAAAGGCAGCAUUAUGCCCACAGCUCUCUGACCAAUGAGAUAUUUUCGAGCAGUGUUUGUUUACAAUUUAAUAAUAAUAAUACAUUUGAUUUAUAUAGCACACUUUAAAAACAACGUCAUCACUCAAGGUGCUUCACAAAGCUAAAAGGAGAAAAUAAUAAAAUCUUCCCGCCACCCCCCUGCAGUACCUCCGCGACCCACCAGGGGUCGCGCACCACAGUUUGAAAAGCACUGGUGUAAAGUAACUAAGUACAUUUACUCAAGUACUGUACUAAAGUAUACUUUUGAGGUACUUGUAGUUAUCUUGAGUAUUUGCAUUUUAUGUUACACUUUACUUCUACUCCUUUACUUCUACUCCACCAAAACUCAGAGGUUAAUAUUGUACUUUCACUCCACUACAGUUACUUUUCAGAUAUAGAUAAAUGAGAAACAAUAUGAUCAACACUUAAAUACGACUUUAGCUACACAUGCUACCCAGCAGUAAAUAAAGUACUUUACAUGAGUUCCACCUUUACCAGCAAUACACCAAGUACAAGAUCUGAUUACUUUUCACCCUCUGUUGCUUUAACAUUGUAAUGUUUUGUUUACCACAGAUGUGCACCUACACUGGCCUUCUUGAUGACACAGUCUUAAUUCAUUGGACACAGCGGAGAAAUUCCACACCAAGACAUCAUCUUUCAUCAAACCCUUGACACCAACAUUAGACACACAUUAAUACACACAAACACCAGCAUGGAGGAGCAGCAGGAGGAGACAGAGUAUGUGGAGCACCAGUACAUGUGCAGCGAGUGCCACGAGCUCUUCAACACCCUGGAGGAUGUGCUGAUCCACCAGCAGAUCCACACGGGCCAAGAAGGUGAUGGAGAAGGAGAGGGAGGGGAGGUCAUGCACUUCGAGGGCGUCCCAGAGCUGGGGCAGACCCAGCAGUACCAGUGUCUGGAGUGUGGGGCCCUGCUGGUGAACCCAGAGGAGCUGCUGCAGCACCAGGAGAUGCACAUGAGGGAGGCGGGGAUGGAGGUCGAGCACCAAGAGCUGUGUGAGGUUUUGGAGACAGAGGAAGGGUCCGAGGGUCAGAUGUCGGGGCCCGUUCAGUACCAGUGUCUGGACUGUCUGGCUCUCUUUGACUCCCCGGACACUUGGCUGGAGCAUCGGAGGACGCACAGCAGGAGCAGCACGCACAGCAACGCGCAGAGCAACACAGAGAUCAUGGAGUAUGUGCUGCAGGAGGACGGCACCAUCACUCCUCUGAACAACGUGCAGAACUACGUGCUGAGUGAGCAGCAGGCGGGGGAGAUCCUGGCGCAGGUUCUCGCUCAGCAGCAGCUGCAACAGCAGACACGUCAGUCUGUCUUCAAACCUGCGGCCCCCUCCCGCUCCACCCUGUUGCCCCCGGUGACGGCGGCCCCCGGCUCUGCCACCAUGCACCUGCAGAUCCUCACCGCUCAGGCUCUGGCAGAUAACUCCUCCUCGCCCAGCCAGCGCCGCUCCAAGCUGCCCCCCCUGCUGCCUGCGCUGGGCCGGGGGUCCUCGGGGGUCCUGGAGAACGGGGUGCAGAGACUGGAGUUAAGGUUGGCCCCCAGCGUGAGGGAGGAGCAGCAGGCCACAGAGGUGCUGGUCAUCCACCCGUAUGAGUGCUCAGAAUGCUCCCUUCUCUUCCAGACGCCGGAGGACUUCCUCCAGCACCAGGGGGAGCACUUCCUCUGUCAGGACAAAGAGAGCGGGGAGCCAGGCGUCAUGAGCAGCUUCGAGGAGGUGCGGGGGAGGGAGGAGGCGACGACAGAGAAGGUGGAGGACAUUAGGAUCAGAGUGGCAGAGAAGAAAGCCGCAGUCUGGGCCAAGCCCCAAAAGUGUGAACUCUGCAGCCGCACGUUCACCUCCGUCAACAGGCUGGCGGCUCACAGGCGCGUGCACGAGCAGGGCACGCACGAGUGCCCCGAGUGUGGCAAGGUGUUCAAGAAGGCCACCUCCAUGCAGACACACAUGCGCACACACUCGGGCGUGGCCAGGUAUCUGUGUGUGGACUGUGGCACCGGCUUCACCACUGAGAUGACUCUGAUCAUGCACAGGAAGUCCCACAUUGCAGACCCCCUCCACAAGUGUCAGUUCUGCAACAAAACCUUCACCAACAUGACCAAGUACCUCUACCACCGCAGAACCCACCUCAACCGCGACUCCGCCCUCACACCAGCCCCCAUUCACCGCAAUUCAGCUGACACACCAGCCCCUACCUCCACGGUCUUGGCUCCAAGAAGAGUGUCUCUCUCUACCCUCGCCAUCCUACAGAGGGCGAGAGAGAAGAACUCACACACUACUGAGCUGAAGAUCAACAUACUGACUUCUCACAAGGAGGAAGAGAUGGGUACACCUGGACAAGAUCCAGAAAUGACAGGAGGAGAAGGGGAGCGGCAGGGAGAAGACAUUGAAAUUGAGGUGUCUGCCCCACCUGAAGGCACCACCAUCGAGCCCCAGCAGGAGAAGUCUGUCACUAACUCUGCCCCCCUGGGUGACACCGGAGGAGGCGUCAAAGCUAUUGUCGCUCCACCUGCCUCAUCAGACAAAACCUCUUUCUCCUGUCGUACUUGCUCCAAGACCUUCCCCUCCCAGCUGCAGCUCGUUCACCAUCGCCGCAAGACCCACGUCACCGAGCGCAGCUUCAUGUGUGGCAUCUGCGGAAAGACUUUUAAGAAGCAGAUCCAUGUGCGCAACCACAUCCGCACCCACACCGGGGAGCGUCCCUUCCAGUGCUCCGAAUGCGGGAAAACAUUCUCGUUUCUCGCCAACCUCACCAGGCACACACUCGUCCACUCGGGCGUGCGUCCGUACCGCUGCGACGUCUGCCACCUCUCCUUCUCCCAGUCGUCCAACCUCCGUCAUCACAGCCUGCUGCACUCCAGCGCAGCCACGCUCUGCUGCCCCGACUGCCCCGCCACCUUCCGCUGGCCUACUAAGUUAGCUGCUCAUCGCUACACCCAACACCAGGGGUCUCCGGCGCCUUUCCCGUGUCCCCACUGCGAGGCCGGCUUCCUGACCCGGAGACAGAGAGAGGGACACUUUCUGGAGCUGCACCCCACCCUGGUGCAGCCCGGUACGGGGACAGAAGAGGACAAAGAAACAGAAGCAGUGGCGGGGAAAGAUCUGAGCUCAAAGCCCUCCACCUCAGCAGAGACAGAAUCAGGGGAUUCAAGCGGUCUCUCGCGUGGGGGUUUAGAUUGUAAUAUUUGUGGGAAGAAGCUCAAUUCUCCCGCCAACCUGCGACUCCACAGACUGAGUCACUUCUCUUUGGGCCCCGGGCGAACGCGCUGCGCCACAGGGAAGAGAACCAAAACCCACCAGUGUCCCAUCUGUGGAAAACUGUUUGUGUCUUCGUCGGGAGUCGCACUUCACCAGAGGGUCCACACCGGGGAGCGGCCCUUCCCCUGCCAAGAGUGCGGCAAGCGCUUCCGUCAGAACACACACCUGCGGGAGCACCUGCGCACACACUCGGGCGAGCGUCCGUUCCGCUGUGAGGUGUGUGGGAAGGGCUUCAUCCAGAGCAUGCACCUGGUGGAGCACCGGCGCACACACACGGGCGAGCGGCCGCACGUCUGCCCGCUGUGUGGCAAAGCCUUCAAGACCUUCUCCAACCUGAGGAACCACAAGAAGACGCACGCCCGGCAGCAGAGGCUGGACGAAGCGGCCGUCGCCAUGGAGACCAGCUCUGCUGUGGCCGUGGUCGACCCGGCGACGGUGGAGCUGGCUAACGGGCAGCCGCAGAUCAUCCAGAUACAGACCUCAGAUCUGCAGCAGACGCAGAGCACUCCGACCAUCAUGUGUAACGAGUUCGGGGAGACGAUCGCCAUCAUCGAGACGAGCGAGGGGGGGGUGCUGCCGCUGGAGCAGGCGCUGGAGAUCUAUCACAGCGCUCUGGAGAACGGCCUGGCCAUGGAUACGGUCUCUGUGGACGCACUGCAGCUCCUCUGAGGACAAAGACACACUUUACUCACUGAGUUCAGUCUGAAGUCGGACUCUAACGAAGGCUACUGACGGGUUCAGCUUCCACUUCAGACUCACUGGAACCAGAUGAUUAAGUACUGCAGGAUAAGAUAUAACAUGUCAGAAUUGAUGUUAAGUUAAGCAAACAGACCAAAGUAAUUAAUCUUCUACUUUUUAUGAGGGAUCAGUAUUGAUGUUAUGGAAAUUAAAGAUCGAGCAAUCGUUAUGAAUGGCACAAAUGUGAAAUUUGUAUGAUUCAUUUUUAUCAUUAAUGUAUGAAACGGGAUGUGAUUUUUCUUCUGUUAAAAGGUUUGACGUGCUGUUGUGUGUAUAUAUAAGUGAAAUAAAUAAAUGUUUUUUCAUGAUUUGAAA